AUGAAGGAUACGUACCGCCAGAGCCCUUCUAGGUCCUGGCGCGGUGAAGCGUCCGGAGAUAUAGGAGUGAAUGGACCAACGAAAAUUGACCGCACGGACACCGUCCGCAUGUCGAGGUAUGCGCAGCUGGUCGCCCUCUCUGGCACCCAGACCGUCAUCGACGACGGGAAGCGUGCAUCCAGCGGUUGUCUGAGGUGCACGCUGUGCGAUCUCGCCUUCAAGGACUCCCUGGCCCUGGUGCAACACCUGUCGUCCGAGGCCCACCGCCAGCGGAGCGGCCAGCUCGAGGAGCCCCUGCUACUGCUGAGGACGUCCGACGGUUCUUCCAGACCCACGCUGAUCUCUCCGAUGCCCCCAGGGGCGACACUUAAAAUGCUUGACGCUCACUGCCACUUCAGUUCGGCGUUUGUCGGCACCUGGUUCAGGCCGGACCACGUCUAUCUCCUGAACGCCACAGACCCGACUCAGUUCGAAGACCUUGCCGAGUUCAGGAGGAUCCAUCCCCUCUCUGUACGAGUCGGGUACGGAGUGCACCCGUACUACCUGCACAUGCACCCCGAUCUUGCAGCGACACUGGCUGAAGUCAGAGCAAGACUGGCUGCGGACCAGACCGCGUUUGUGGGGGAGAUAGGCCUGGACACUCGGCCGGCCGCGCUGGCUGACUCUCCACUGGACACACAGACCCGCUACUUUUCCCCGCAGCUGGAGAUGGCCUUCGAGAUGAACAGGGACUGCAACGUCCACAUCAUCUCUCGUAAGCCUGGCCUCUGGCCUAUCUUCACGGAGCAGCUGGAGGCCAUGGCCAGGAAGUAUGCCAGCUACAAUCGCAGCAUUAUAAUGCACUCCUACAACGGGACCCACGAGACAUUCCGCAAGCUGCAGGCUGCCGUCUCUACAUGCCACGGACGCGUGCUCCUUUCCGUGUCCCACUUCACAGAGGCAAACAAGGCCACCCGGGCGUGCAUACGGAAGUCUGACAAGGAGUGCCUGCUUCUGGAGACGGACUGGUACCGCGAGGACCAGGACGACUGGGACAGGUCAAUGGCGACCGCGAUUGAGGUUCUUGCGUCUGAGCGCAGCCUAUCCAGGGACGAGGCGCUUUCUCUUGUGAGGGACAACUGGCGCCGGCACGAGCUGCUGCCUCCUGGUCUCAGUGCUGCUCAGUUGGGCAUGUAA